UGGCCAAAGUAGGGUGACGUUUCACCCAAGUCCGUAUUAUUAUCGGCUGGACUCGUUUCGAUACUCGCGCGCAAUUAUAGAUUCGAUUUUUUUUCGGUCGUUGCCGAGCCAUGCCCCGCGAUCAUCGACUGGAAUCAUAUAGGAUAGAUAUUCCAGUGGAUCAUUACGCGGGAGUGCCUCCGCGCGAUGGCAGUAGCACUGGAGCAUUAGAGCGCUCGCAGUGCAGCGGUUGGCCUAGUCUCUCUGCUCUCUGGACUCUGUCGCUGCAGCGGUGCGCGCGCGGGCCGCAAGUAGUACAAGUGCAUAACAACAACACAUCGAUAAUCCAGCUGCGCAGUAGAGCCUCGAAGCGUAGCAGGUCGUGACGCAGCCUACGUCAAGCUCACGGCCGCCCGAGGCGAGCGCGACUGCCACUGCACUGCACUGCUCCUCGCAAGCUCGCUCGCUCUCGCCAGUACGAGUCUACGAAUCACGGGGAUAAGAGGGGUACGCUCGAAGCCGCCUUGGGAUGACUUGUCAUGUGCCGCGGUGACUCGCUACCAAUUACCCAGGAUCAGACAUCAACGGCAGCAGCACCACUAGCAGCACUAGUGUCGAAUCGUCGCGACGAGUUCCCAGCGCAAAAGAAGAGUCUCGAUGCAGAGCCAACAGCAGCAACAGCAGCAGCAGUCCAACAACGGCAGCGGCAUUUACACCAAGGUCUGGCGAGAUGAUCGUCCGCCACCGCCGCCGCCAGCCCGCAGCCGCACCGCGACCAUCGAUCAUCAUCAUCAUCCGGCCUCCUCCUAUCACCACCAUCACGACUGGGCCCAGCAGCGCAGCAGCAGCACCAGUCGGCUGAGCAGCAACUCCAUGAGCAACUACCAGACGCUCGGCAGCGGCGCGUCUUCUGCUUCGGCUUCGCGCGCCAAUUCGCCCUCGUCGGCUCAUCACUCGGCGUCGAGCGACAGACAGUUGCUGCUCUCCUCGCAGCAACAGCAGCAGCAGGGCCCAGGCGGCAGCGGCAGUCAGCGCGGCGCUACGAGCCCCAAUCAUUACUAUUGUUACGAGCAGCCGAUCCUCGAGACAGUCAUGAUCGUGGAGGUCUUCUUCCGUGUUCUCCUGGCGAUCGUUAACAUAGAGCUGGAAAACAUGGAGCCCUUCACGAGAAAGAUUCACGAGAACGAGCUGUGGCUUUACAAAAAUCCCAGAGUAGAUUCAUACGUGACUACGUCAGUAUUAUGGGUAGCAAUUAUACUAGUGCCAUUGAUAGUCAUAUCACUGGUUUUUUAUAUUCAAAAAGAAAAAAACGACUUUUCUCAGGCUGUUUAUUCCUAUACGUUAUCCUUAGGUUUUACUGGAGUAGUGACUAAUAUAUUAAAAAUAAUUGUUGGUAGGCCUAGACCAGAUUUCUUCUAUAGAUGUUUCCCAGAUGGCAAUGUCAAUUUUGAUUUUGAAUGCACGGGUGAUCCUGUAGCUAUAAGAGAUGGGAAAAAGUCUUUCCCCAGUGGUCAUGCCUCCUUGGCCUUUUCAGGAUUUGGUUUUGUGGCACUGUACGUAGCUGGAAAGCUCCAUACCUUUAGUUGGAAUGGGAAGGGACAGUCAUGGAAAUUGUUUCUUUUUUUAUUUCCACUGGGAAUUGCUCUUACAAUAGCUAUAAGCCGUACCUGUGACUAUCACCAUCACUGGCAAGAUGUUUUAACGGGUUCAUUAAUUGGUUUGGCAAUGACCUUUUUAUGUUACCGCCAUUAUUAUCCACCAUUGGACUGUUUAGUUUGUCACAAACCUUAUAUAUCACUGAAGAAAAUUGAACCAAAAGAAAUGAAAACAACAAGAAUAGAACUGAGUCGAUGGACGUGAUAAGGUUUAUCAAAAAAAAAUUAGCACCUAAAACUUCAUCUCUGGUGCUACACUCUUGUACAUAUUUGUAAUUAUUUUAAUUUUUCUUUUUUUUUUUUUUAUUAUGCACUCAACUAUUUUGUAUAAAAAAAAGAAAAAGACUAAAACUGACAACGAUUCGAUAUAUUGCUUGAAAAAUAUAUCGAAAAUUUAACUAUAAAA